CUUGGAAUUUCAUAUAAAACCAAACUCAAAUUGCAAAUCUCAAACCAAAAAUCAAUGCCAAUUAUCAAACUCAUUACUACUUUUGAGUUCUCAUGAAGCAAAAUUCCAUGGCCACUAUCAAUCUCACCACCACUUCUUCUCUUCAUCCAAACUCUUCCUUUGUCACAAAGAAACAUUACAACAACAAUAAUCUCAUCAAAUUUAACUAUGCUUCUUCUUUAACCAAAACAUGUGCUCAAUCACAAGGGACUGAAGCUGGUGUUUCUGAGGAUGAUUCUUCUCUUGGAUCUUUAUCUUCUUCUCGUGCACAGCUGGAUCUUUUGGAGCAAUUUACAUCUACAAGCUCAUCAAUCAAUGGUUAUGAAAGUGAUGGCACGUCUCGGAAACUUUCAAUUCGAGAUCAGCUAGCGCAGUUGGUUGGAGAAAGGGACGAUGAUUUCAGUAUUCCCUUAGGUAAAAACUUGAAGAAAGUGAGUGCAAAGUUCUUAACAACUUCACAAAGGAGAAACAUCAAGAGACAAAAUUAUCUAAAUGAAGUGACUCAAAGGAAUGAUUCAACUUUUUUUGCAACUAUAGGAGCAUUUGUGCUUCUUCCACCUCUUAUAAUACUAGGAAUAGCUAUAUUAACUGGUUAUGUACAACUUUUACCUUGAGACAUGAUAUAUAUUUAAUGAUAAUACUGAAUAGAAAUCUUUGCAUA